GUGAGAUGUUGAACCGAGUCCACUGGAAGAGAACCCAGGAGUAGCAUAUCCUCCUCCUUACUACAGAUCCAGUGGUAGGGUGGUGACACAACGAGUUCCAGUAUAUUCUGAAUAGCAAACACCAAGUUAGAGAUCAGUGGAUACUACAGGACAAAAGAAGAGAAUGAACGUGGAGACUCAAGAAGGGAAGAGGGAACAGUGGAGCUCUAAAACAGAGUUCCUCCUCACAGUUUGUGGUAAUGUGGUCGGCCUGGGAAAUGUAUGGAGGUUCCCCUAUCUCUGCUAUAAGAACGGUGGAGGUGCCUUCCUUGUGCCCUACCUGCUGUACGUUGGGCUAUGUGGUCUUCCUCUGUUCCUUCUCGAGACAUCAAUCGGUCAGUACACCCAACAGGGCAUUGUCACAUGCUGGAGGAGCUUAUGUCCACUUGCUGAAGGUGUUGGCAGGGCAGAGCUUCUCAUCCUGAUCUAUGACUCUAUCAUUUACCUCGUGAUCCUGGCCUGGACUCUCUUCUACUUGGUGUUCUCUUUCAGUUCUCAGCUACCCUGGGCCAGCUGUGGCAACACCUGGAACACAGAUCAAUGUGUGGAUUUCACUUCACUAAACCAUACUGCCAACUGGACCUCCAAAAUCACCACUACCUCUGCUGCCACUGAGUUCUGGGAGCGUCGUGUGUUGGCUAUCUCUGGAGGCAUUGACGAGGUGGGCAGCGUAAGAUGGGAGCUGAUGCUCUGUCUCCUUGCCUGUUGGGCUGUCUGCUACUUCUGUAUCUGGAAAGGAAUCAGGUACUCAGGAAAGGUGGUGUAUUUCACUGCCACAUUUCCCUAUCUGAUGCUCUUGGUGUUGUUGGUGAGAGGGUUGACUUUACCUGGAGCUUGGGAGGGGGUUCAGUUUUACCUGUAUCCAGACCCAGUCCGCCUUGCAGACCCCCAAGUCUGGAUGGAAGCAGGAACUCAGGUGUUCUUCUCCUACUGUAUUGGACGGGGAAGUCAAACUGUUUUGGGAAGCUUCAACAAAUACAACAAUAACUGCUACAUGGACAGCUUUUGGCUGUGUCUGCUGAAUGGUUGUACCAGUUUUGUGGCCGGAUUUGCAGUCUUCUCGGUGCUGGGAUUCAUGGCACAGAAACAGGGUGUUUCUGUCGCGAUGGUGGCAGAGUCAGGUCCUGGUUUGGCAUUCAUCGCCUUCCCCCAGGCAGCAGCCAUGAUGCCCUUGCCACAGCUCUGGACGGUCUGCUUCUUCUUCAUGCUUCUUCUGCUGGGAAUUGACACACAGUUUGUCAUAAUGGAGGGAGUGAUAACAUCUUUCACAGACUUAUUUCCUGUUACACUGCGAAGGCCGAGAUAUCGAGAGGGCUUUGUGCUCCUCUUCUGUCUCUCCUGCUUCCUUAUACAGCUGACUCUGAUCACAGAGGGUGGGAUCUUUGUGUUCCAGCUCAUUGAUUACUACGGCUGCAGCGGAGCGUGUGUUCUCUUUGUGGCUGUGUUUGAGUCACUGGCAGUGGGAUGGAUCUUUGGGGCAGAUCACAUGGAGGAUGCCAUUAAGGACAUGACUGCACAGAGACCAUGUGUCCUCUUCAGACUGUGCUGGCGUUACUUCACCCCACUUGUGUCUCUGAGUUCCUUCAUUUUACACAUGGUGGACUAUAAGCCCCUCAAGUUUAACCGCUGGUACAUGUACCCAGACUGGGCCUAUGCACUGGGCUGGGCCAUGGCCCUCUCCUCCAUCCUCUUGGUGCCACUGUGGGGGAUUGGCAAGAUCUGCGUUGGCACAGGCAGCCUCAGACAGCGCUUGGCUGUCCUUUGUCACCCUGAUGAUGAGCUCCCUCUGACCCGGCAGGGGAAUCGGCAAAACACAGAAAUGGAGACAUUUAAGAUAAUUGGCAACCACACCAUAUGAACUGCAUUUUGCUUACUAAGGAGACAGCCUGGAGCUGUCUAGCAGUGAUGUUCAUUGUUUGAAUGCAUGUUUAUUAAAACUUGAUCUCAUGCAGUGUCA